AUGGUUUUUCCAAGAUUGUUUAACUCUGCUUCACGCAAUGCUUUCACUGCUGCUAAGCGUAACUUUGUUUUCAACAGAGGUUUAGCUUCAGCAGCUCCAGUCGCCGGUAAGGUUAGGUAUGUAAAAUUUUUAGGAUGAAAAGUCAAUCAAUCGGACGAACACAGUCAAUUCAAGCCAUUGGGGGAGAAUGGAGAGAGGUGAGAGAAGAAUAGGGCGAAUUGGCGGUGCAUUUGGCCGAUUCGACGGUGCAAUUGGCAAAUAAGGACGCGGAGAGGAGAAAAGGAAGAAAGGGAACAUGGGCCGUACGGAGUCCACGAAAAGAAGAGAACACCAUCCUUGGAGAGCGACGAAGAUAAUUCGCUAUGUGAGAGAUGGAUAGAAGUGGUGGUGUAGAGGAGACGAGUAGGGGGCCAUAUCAUAUAGGCGCCUAGGCGAGCUCGACCAAUGAAAUUUUUCACUUUUCGCGAUCCGGGCCAAUAGCAUUUUGUACCGUGGUGGAGAUUGGCACCACAAUAUAAAUAUAUUUAUGGACCAUUAUACUAACUGAGUGAAUUAUAGAGCCGUUAUUGGUGCUGUUGUUGAUAUCCAAUUCGACGAAGGUAACUUACCAGCUAUUCUUAAUGCUUUAACCCUUAAGAACGGUGACCAAGACUUAGUCUUAGAAGUCGCCCAACAUUUAG